AUGGAAAACAACCUCACUUCUACCUUAAACGGUUUGAACUCUACCUUGCAAGUUCUUUUCUCACAGAUUGGAUCACUGAAUAACUCCAACAACCAGCCUUCAAGCUCCAGUGGAAUUCCUUCUCAAGCCUUACCCAACCCUAAGGGUGGCAUCAAUGCCAUCACCUUGAGGUCCGGAACCACACUGCAAAAGAGGAAUCAUGAGGAGCCAAGCCAAUUAGAACAUGCCCCAGCUGAGGACAAGCUUGAAGUGGAGGAUGAUGAAAAGGAAGGUAACGUACAAGACACGGUUGAAGUAGAAGUAACUCAACCAGAGAAUAGCGCACUAGAAGAAGCUAAAGCUACCAAAGACGUUACCCCUGUCUCAUUUCCACACCUUGCAAGAAAGCCUAGGAAGCAGAUGGAACUCAACCCAAAAAUGGUAGAAAUCUUCAAAAAGGUUGAGGUAAAUGUUCUCCUUUUUGAUGUCAUUCAGCAAGUACCUAAAUAUGCGAAGUUUCUUAAAGAUUUGUGCAUACAUAAGGAUAGGAUUAAUGAAUUAGAAACUAUUCCUUUAGGUAAUUCUAUAUCUGCAUUGAUGGGAGAUAUACUUGAAAAAUAUAGUGAUCUAGGUCCAUACAUGGUUAACUUGGUUGGAAUUGCUGAGGACGUGCUGGUGAGCAUUAAGGGGCUCACAUUUCCCAUUGACUUCUAUAUCUUGGAAAUGCCCCCAAAUGACUCAGGGAAACCGUCAUCCAUCUUGCUCGGAAGACCUUUCCUGAAGACCUCAAAGUUCAAGUUGGAUCCAUUCCCAGGAACCUAUUCCUUUGAGAUAGACGGCCGAGCAGUGAGCUUCAAUCUGAAUAAAGCUAUGAAGCACCCUCCAGAAGAUCAUUCCAUCUUCCAGUGUGAUAUCAUUGAUGAGACUGUGACUACAGUUCACCAGGAAGAAGUGGAAGAGAAGUACAUGGAGCAAGGUCCAAGUGUGGGGACACCCUCUGAACACAAUGAGGACACUUUGCCAUUAUCACUAGUUCCGGAUAAUCCAGAGCCCAGCCAUGAGCAAAAAUUUGAGCUAAAGCCCCUUCCACCCCACCUCAAGUAUAUUUACCUUGAGGAUAAUCAGAAGCUCCCAGUUAUCAUUGCAAGGGAUCUCACUUCCCAAUAA